AUGUCCAGCUCCUUUGAGAAGUCAGUCAAAGGCGGGACCAAGGUCAAGCUCGCCGCACCCAAGUCGAAAUAUGUCGAACAUAUCCUUCUAGCGACCCAGUCCGGUGAGGCUGGAGUUGCAGAGGUGUUCAGGAGCCUCACGCCUAGACUGCGAGAUGCGACUUGGACGGUAGCCUUCAAGUCCCUCAUCAUCACACACUUGAUGAUACAAGACGGCGUGCAAGAUGUCACCCUUCGGUAUAUCGCUAUUGCUCCGAGGAACCGUUUGGCGAUGAACAGCUUCACCGACGUUCAGACCCAGGGACACAACAUUAAGAGCUACAGUGAAUAUCUACUUGUGCGUGCGCAAGCGUUCGAGAAGACAAAAUGCGACCAUGUCAGAUCAGGAGAGGGCCGCAUGAGGAAGUUGACAGUGGACAAAGGCUUGCUGCGAGAGACGGAGGUUGUGCAAUACCAGAUCAAAGCACUUGUGAAAUGCGACCUUUUGACCAGUGAUGUAGAGAACGACAUCACUUUGACAGCAUUCAGACUGCUAACACGCGACUUACUGGUGCUGUACAAUGUGGAGAAUGAGGCCGUCAUGAAUGUCUUGAGUCGAUACUUCGAGAUGUCGCGACCUGAUGCCGAGCGCGCCAUUAAAAUAUACAAGACAUUCUGUGCACAAACGGAGCUGGUGGUGCAAUACUUGAGCGUAGCUCGAAGGUUUGAGCAUGCGACACGCCUGGAGAUCCCUAAGCUCAAACAUGCACCCAUCACGCUCGCAGCAUCAUUACAAGAAUAUCUCGACGACCCGGAUUUUGAGAUCAAUCGUCGACAGUACUUGGCAGAGCAGGAUGCGAAGAAAAGUGGCGCCCCUGCGCCGAAAAAGCCAAAUACAGCAGAAUCGCAGGCAAGCAGCCCGAAACCCGCGUCCACGCCUUUCGAUUCAAUGACCACAACGGCGCCCUCGUCAAGUCAGCCUACGAAGCCCCCUCCCUCAGACCUGAUCGACUUCUUCGAAUCAAUCGACCAGAAUCCACAGGGAUCCAACCCAUUUCUGCAAUCGCAACAGCAGCAACUGCCGCAAUCAACCGGAUAUCAGACAGCACCACAGAAUAUGGGCUAUGCGCAAGUGGCACCACAGCAUACUCAGCAAGUACCUCCACCGCAAUUGAGUGUUUUUCCUUCAAGCAACGUGGGAGCUUUCGGCGCAGCACAACAACAGCAGACGCAACCGCUGCAAACACAGUAUACGGGCGCAGGAUUCGGUGGCUACGGGCCUCAACCCGUGCAAUCUUUUGCUCCCAGUGGUACUCAACAGCAGAACUUUGCCAGCCCCGUACAGAUCCCACCCGCUCAGCUUCAGCCGCAAUCCACAAAUCCUUUCCGCCAGUCAAUGAUGACAACCGGAGGGCAGUUUGCAACACCAGCGACGCAAACUCAACAGAGCGUGAAUCCAUUUGCUCGAAGCACCAUCCCCGAACCAAUUCCUGAAGAACCAGUGCCGCAGCUACAGCAGUCCCAGCCAGGUCUAUCUCCUUUCCCAACCGCCCAGCCCCAAUACCAGACCCAGCCGCUACAGGCUCAGCACACCGGCACUAAUCCGUUCGCGCGGAAUCAAUCACCCCCUCAGCAGCCUACGCCUCAGAUGAACGCUCUUACGGUUCAGCCUACGGGUAGCACAAACCCCUUCAGGCAAUCUGCGUUCGUGAACCAGCAGACCGGAACAGGAUGGCAAAACGCACCGCAGGCAACCAUGGGUGGACUAGAGCAGCUUCAAACCAUUCCAGUAUUUCCACGGCCAGGACAGAUGCCUCAACAGCAACAACAACAGCAGCAGCAAGCAUCGCCUUGGAUCUAG